AUGUCCGCCGCACAGACUAACCCACUUCCUGUGCUUGGAAGGACUAUGAGCCUGCUCACACGCGCCCUGGCACCGCGGCCACCUGCCAUGGCCAAGCCACCGCCAGAGGAGGAGAAAGGACGUUCUUGCAUAGUAUGUACCGACUCACCAGACGACCCGCUGGAUCUUGUCAGGCCUUGUCGAGCCUGCAACAACGACUACUGCAAGACUUGUCUGUCGGCUAUGUUCGAGGGGGCCACGAACGACGCUACAAGGAUGCCGCCUCGUUGUUGCGUCUUCCUUCAAAUUCAUACGGCAUACCUCCCGGACGACGUCGCCACAAAAUAUCGAGACCGUUUCGAGGAGUGGAUCACGCGAGACAAGACUUACUGCCCGUCACCAAAAUGCUCGGCCUUCAUCCCAGAGCGGCUACUACGAGUCAAUGCGAGUGAUGAGAAGGCAGCGUCCAUACAAGAAGUCAUGCUUUCGGUCCUGCACACGGUCACCAAGAGUCCCCAUUCCCGCUUCUUCCGUGGAGAGCUUCCCAUCACCGAGCAGACUGGAAAUACUAAUGUGGUGGCUGAAUACAUGGACCUGACUAUCAUCCGCGAACGUGUCGAGUCUGGUGUCUACGAUAGCACAGUAGACAUGGAACCCGACAUGCGCUUGAUUGUCAGCAAUGCGAAGAAGUAUCAUGGCUCGAGACAUCCUGUAGCCCUGACGGCCAACUCCUUCCUGGAGACGUUCACGCAGGCCCUUACAGCGACAGUUGACAAACUUGUACAUUUCACGACUCUGGAUCCUCCCCAAGAUCAUACUAUUGAGCAUGGGAGUGCACCUUGCGACACAACUGCACAGGACCACGAGCUUGCAAUGUUGGAGCAAUUUCGCUACAAACGUUGUCCUUUGUGCAAGCACGCCGUCAAGAAGAUGUAUGGCUGCAGCCACAUGCAAUGUAUUUGCGGCGCGCACUGGUGCUACCACUGUCAGAAGUCCAUCAACGAGUGUGAUGGAGGCUGCGUUGACCAUGCAGAAGAUAGUGAAGCUGAAGAAGCAGAGGAGAAUUUUGACGACGAAGAUGUAGAUGACGAAGACGAAGACGAGGAGGAUGAAGAGAACGAGGAGGACCCUAAGCCAGAUAACAUGAUCACCGUCGUGGGCGAGCAUGACGGUAGCGACACUAAUUCUCCGCCACUGCCGACAGCCGCAGAGAUGAACAAGAACCCAACGCCCAUCACAGCACCAUCUCUACCCCCAGGACAACUUCACAGGAUCGUGAACCUGGAUGCGGGAGGCGAGGCACGAUGGGCCAAUGCUCCUAUGAAUUUCGGCGACGAACCAGAGGAAGACAGCAUUGAUCAGAUCUGGUCCUGCCCUCACUCGCUUCUGCCAUACAUGCUCCGGACCUCUGAAGACGGUGUCAAUCGUGGUGACGUGAGUACGAUGGAGUGCAAUAGGUGUUUCUGCAUUGUGCGGCCCCAGCCUACAAAUCCGGGCACCGCGAGCGUUGGCCCUGAGAUACACCCUCCGGCGUGUUAUGCUCCACUUCUGGAGAUCUCCAAGGAUGCUGGGCUAAAGCUGGAAGAAGUGGGCGACAUGGCUAUGGAGUGUUCCUGGUGCUACUUGGUGCUAUGCGAGAAGUGCUCGGAAAAGGCUCAGCCGAAUCGAAAUGGCUGA